AUUUUGAAAUUCUUAAGCAGGUGCUAAAUUACGAUUGUUUAUUAAAAUAUUUACGAUACUAAAUUAUCGAAUAACUUUGCGAGUGUGUUUGUGCGAUUUACGCUAAAAUUUAAAAUUUUCGCUUAGCAUUUUUUGAAACUGGCAUGGCUUACAUAAAAAACAAAAAACACUCGAAUUUGCUGCGUCUGGAUGACGAUGCCGUUUUGAGUGUUUGGCAUAAAUUGCAACCAAUCGAUCGCGUACAAUUGGCGAGCAGCUGCAGACGUUUCCGCAAGAUAUUCGAGGAACGCGAUGCGGCACAGUAUGCGAUUUUCAAAAUGGAGACGCUUUGGCAGGUGUCCGUUAAGGAUAUUGACAGUUACGCCAGACUUGUGGCUCCUUUAAUACAAGAGUUACGCGCUUACACGCCAUGCGUGGGUAACGUACGCGCAAAGAAAUUUCUAAAAAGCAUGACUGGCAAUUGUGAGCCGUUGCGCCGCGUCGUCUUCAAGGGCGUGCGUGUCGCGUUUCAAUUGUUCGAGCUGCUUGCGAAUGCGAAAUACCUGACGGAGUUGUGUUUGCAAAACUGCAGAUUGCUGGAUAAGGAUGUGGAUAUGAUAACUAUGUUAUCGAAUUUGAUGGUGCUCGAUUUGUCGAAGAAUAAUGAUAUUACAGGUCACGGCUUGAACUCUUUAAUCAGCUUGCGCGCACUCUACCUGUCGAAUUGCAAGAGUUUGGAUCCCAUCAAUUUGGUGCAUGUCUUCAAAUCCGCCAAACAUCUGUGCAUACUCGACAUACAACAGCCAUAUUCGAAUACCAAUUUGGUGCCCAUAUUUCUCGAACUCGGUCGUUAUUGUCGCAAUCUGGAUAAAUUGCGCGUAACAUUGCCCGAGCAUCGUCGUUAUGAAUCGCUCGCACGUCUGCCUAAAUUGACACAGAUUUUCGCGUAUGGCUAUGUACGCCGAUUUCUUAUCGAUUUACGCAAUCAUCGAGCGCAUCAUAUGCAAGUCAUUUUCCUGGAGACACUGCAGCAGGUGCCCAUAGAUGCCACAUUUAUGUUCACCCAGUUUCGUGAGUUGAGGAAAUUGGCUUGUGAUGGCGAUUUCGAUUUCACACCCGGUUGUAUCGAUGGUUUCGAAAAUUUACGUAAACUCACCUGUAUUAAUCUCUACAAAUUGGAUGCGUUGACGCCGAAGGAUGUGCUAACACUUUUGAAGAAAUGUCCAAAAUUAAAAUUUGUGCAAUUAUUCUUUAAAGUCUUUAUUACCGAGGCGUUCAUUUUUGAAUUGAUUGAGGUUUUGGAGAAGCGGCCGGUGAAGGUGAAUUUCGUAUUGAAUUUGCAAAAGUCAAGUAUACGCCGUGGCAUCACAAAGGAUCCCCGUUAUCUCGCUGCGAGUGACUUUUUGCAUAUUAUAUUCAGUGCUCAAUGUGUCGAUUGGGAUAAGUAAACCCGUUAAAUUGGAUUAUAAAAUUUAUUUUUCUCAUAUUAAGUAUAUAUAUAUGGAAUAAAUUGAUACGUUAUUUAUUGUAAGAAAAGCUGA